AUGAAUUCUACUGGUGCUAGCAGCAGCAACACACCCACUCCUACGCCACCUAAUAGAGAAUCCACUCCAAGUUCUUCGAUACCAAAAGACAUUAAUAGAGGAAAAUCUGAUCCGGCAUGGGCACAUUGCAAGGAAGUGCCGUCAGCAAGUGGAAGGAAUGGGCUGCUAUACUUGUAUUGCUCAAAAGUUCUCUCCGAUGGCUGUAUAAAUCGGUUUAAACAACAUUUGGCAGGAUUAAAAGGGAAUGCAGAGGCAUGUCGGAAGGUACUAGUUGCUAUUCGAUUUAGAAUGCAGGAACAUCUGGCGAGGCACAUGAUGGAAAAGAAAAGGAAGCGUGAUAUGUUAUAUGAGCAAAAUCCAUAUGCUCCACUCUUUGAGCAUGAUGAGGAGAUAGUAGAAAUGACACCUCUCCAUUCAAAAGCAAAAGGGAAGGCAACUCAAGAUACCAAAUCAAAGGCAGCGCUGUCAAACAAGAUGAAAAUUAAUUUGUACUUUGAAGCGAGAACAACACCGGGAGCUCAAAGGACACUCAAGAGUGUUUUGCAAAGCAAAGAAGUCACCGAGAAGUGUGAUCUUGCCAUUUCUAAGUGGAUGCUGGCUACAAGUAUACCGUUUAAUACGGUUAAUUCUCCUUAUUACCAACAAGCAAUCGAUGCCAUUGCUAGCAUGGGGGCAGGUUAUAAAGGUUUGGGCUUUCAUGAUCUUCGGGGAUACUUAUUGACAAAAAAUGUUAAGGAGGGAAUUGUUUUCUUGAAGUCUGUCGAUACUUCAGAUGCUUCGAAGACUGGAGAGAUGCUUUACAAAUUAUUCAGAGAGGUGGUCUUAUUUGUUGGUCAAGAGAAUGUCGUUCACUUUGUGACUGACAAUGCCGCUAACUACGUGGUUGUUGGUCGCUUGUUGGAGCAGGAAUUCAGGACAAUAUUUUGGUCUCCUUGUGCGGCUCAUUGCAUUAAUUUAAUUCUCAGUGAUAUUGGUAAAUUGGACGAGAGUAUUUUGGCACAACAGAAUGCUCUAAGGGCUAUGUUAACAUCUAGUGAAUGGACUAGUUCAAGCAAUGCAAAGGAAACCAUAGUGCAAAUUAGUGAGCCUCUUAUUUGCGUGUUACGUAUUGUUGAUAGCGAUGAAAGGCCUGCUAUGGGAUUUUUGCUUGAAGCAAUUUUCAAAGCUAGAGAAGAGAUGUUGAAAAGAUUCAAUAAGAGAAAGAAAAAGAUUGAGUCAUAUAUCAACAUUCUUGAUACUCGAUGGGAUAAGCAACUGCACAAGAAUUUGCAUGCAGCUGGGUAUUGGUUGAAUCCCAAAUAUCAAUAUGACUUGACCGAGAUGGAGAAGAAUAGAGGAACGGUUUCCGGUUUACUGGAUGUCAUAGAGAGAUACUCUUAUGGGAAGCCCUCAUUGCAGACAAAACUAACAAGUGAAAUGAAAAUUUUUAAAAAUGCUGAAGGUGAUUUUGGACGAGUAUCCGCAGUAUCCGAUCGCAUCGUGAUAGCCCCGGAGGAUGAGCCACCAGCCCUAUCAAAUGAAGAAUUGCGAACAUUUAGGCGGGCUUUACAAAUGUGCAUUCAAGAAAAUGGAAAUGAUGAUUCGUUGGAUUUGAAUUUGGAAGAUCUUGAUAUGGAUGAUGGGGCCGAAGAUAAUAUUGAUGGAGGGAAUGUCAAUGACCGAGUCCAAGAUAAUCCAUUGUUUGAAGCUCCUGAAGCACCACAUGAUGUUGCAGCUAAAGACAAUAUCUGUGGAAAUUAUGGUGAAGAUUGGAGUGCAUGGAAUUGCUAA